AUGACCACAGAAGUGGAAACCGAUGAGGUGAAGGUGUUUCGGACGAAUGAGCCGGAGGAAAUCACCGACACACCGCAAUCUUCACAACAACUAUGCGAUGAUAAGAAGGAAGUGGCCUUUGAAACAGAGCUGGAAGGCCAAAACAUCAAUCGUAAGUCUAUUUUUGGAGCGUGCAUGACUUGGAAUCUCAAAGAGAUAUCAUUUUUGUAUUUUAGAUAGUAAUAGAGUUGAAAAAGAUAUUUUAGUUAUCAAAAAAAUUAAAUUUUUAACUUAUAGGUAACAAUUUGACUAAAAUAACAAGAAAACAGAGAAAAAAUGGUUUAUGUCAAAAAUUUUAUGUUUUUUUUGAAAUUUUUGAAAUAAUAUGUUGUGAUAAGAAAUAAAAAAGCUUUAUGUUCACCCUUUUCAGCUACAGUCCUACCCUUCUCAGAGCUACCGUACAAAACACCAACGUUACCGCUUGGAACGCUAAGUCCUGCCUUCUUGGGGCCAUUACUGGUAAGUUUUUUGAUUUCUUUGGUUGAUUUUUAGAUCAGAAGCAAGCUUUGGAUCUUAGCAAUGAUAAUCGUUAAGGUUUUCAGUUAUUUGCUUGGACCUGAUCUUGUUUUAGAUAAUAAAAGGGAAUCUAGUACCUAAAAAAAGGGUUUUUUGUUGAAAACAUGAGUAAAAUGAGAUUUCUAAGGAAGUUCAAGGCUUCUUUUGUUAAUUUAUGGGUAUUUUAAUAUUUUGUGGUUUUAUAUUUUUAAUAGAGAUUAUAAUAAUACUUAUUUUCUUAAUUUUAGGCAAUGAAAUCUCCACAUUCCCUGUUAUCACCCGGAUUUCAAGGCCUAAACUUUGCCUCACCCAACUACAGUCUUCUGUCGCCUAACUUUGUGUCGCUCCCGCUGCUAAACCCCCUAUAUGCUAACAUGCAUCAGAUGCAAAAUAUGCAGAAUCUAUUUUUUAAACAACAAAACUUCCCCAUGGCCAACAUGACCAACAACAUGAACGGCCUUUGCCUGAAUCCGGGGCUAGGCCGCUACCCCACCUCCGAACCCACCACACCACGCCGAGACAAGAUUCAGAGGAUCGAGAAGGAUAAGAAUCGGAUCAAGAAACCAUGCAACGCCUUCAUGAUAUUCAUGCGCGAGAAUCGGGCGGCUGUCAGCAAGGAGAAUGUGACAAAACAAUCGUCCGAGAUCAACAAAGAGCUGGGCCAGCGAUGGCAAUCACUGCCGAAAGAAGAGCAGGAAAAGUACUUUGAGAUGGCGAAGAAGGAGAAGGAGGAUCAUGCACGACAACAUCCAGGCUGGAGCGCCCGCGACAACUACGCCAUUCACAAGAAGAAGAAGAGAAGCCGCAGAGAGCGAUCUUAUGGUAGGUUUGGGGUUGGUUAGGGGUUUUUUUGGAAAGUUGGGGUUAUAUUAAAGGUUUAUACGGAAAGCUAAGGUUAGAUAAUGGUAUUGAAACUUGAGUUUUUAUGGUUCUAGUGCUCAAGUGCCUUGGAAUACCUUUUUUGUUAAAAAUUCUCUAACUUUUAACAAAAUCUCAAAAUUUCAAUUAUUUAGGUAAUAUAACUGAAGAAUAGCCCCUUUUUAGUAACGAAAUAAACAAACUAACUGCUCCUUAUUUUCAGACCCAGCCAACGAAAGCAACGAACAGAAGAAGUGCCGCGCCCGCUUCGGCAUCGACAACCAAGCCAAAUGGUGCAAGCACUGCAAACGAAAGAAGCGUUGCCUCAACGUGCAAGACCUUGAAGUCUCAUCCACGACGAAUCCAUCCACACCUCAGUAUCAGCUCAACUCACCGCUCAUCUACUCGCCGCUAGCGCUUUGA